UAGGCUAUCGGCCCUAUGGGCGUGUGAGGAUCGGGCACAGCAAGCCUGGCCGUAUGGGGGAUGGAUUCCUACUGCGCUGCCUGGCUGGGAGGGAAUUCCCCGCUUUUUGCUUGAGAGCCAUUUUGUUGUCGGUGACCAUCGGGAACAUUCGGCAGCGUUGGGGUCUGGAGGUGCAGUGUAGGAAUGCAUCACAUCACCCCGUAUGAUGGGUGCCCAGACCUCAGCGCUGAUGGCAGCCGGGGCCAAAACUGCACUGCGCACCAUUUGUGUUCCUGCGUGGAUGGGUGGUGCCCGAAGUGUGACAUACCUACAGCCUCACCUCGCCUGGCCCCACAGAAAUGCACCCCCGAGGCUGGGGGAGCUGGAUUGUGAUUUGUGCCAUCACAGAGGCACUCAGACCCCGGUGGGGUGCCCACCGUCCAACCCUAAAAGAGCAUCAGCUUCUCGUCUGGUUCCUACCAUGUGCAGCUUAUAGGAAUUCAGUGAUUGAGGUGCUAUUUUCCAGCAUCUUAAAGCCUCGCUGAUGCCAGCACCUGUGGAGGCAUUCAGAACAGCCCCUUAUUUGACUGUUUAACUCGGUGCUGCACAUGGCUGUCGCCCGAUGCUGCGCCGCUGCCCCUUGCAUCAUGCCUGGAGUUGGGCCACCAGCACACGAGGGUUGUGUGCAAUGGCUCUGGAUCUGCCAGAGCUCAAACUCCAACUGCGUAAAGCCCGGUGGGAAAACCCCUUUGGUGUGGCUGGAAAUGGCUCAGGGCUUACUUACAGCCUCUCUUCCCAAAAUGGAGAGCUGGCGUUGUGUUAAUGCCAUCAGGACGGUGUGAGGUUCCAUGUGGGAUCGGUGCUGCGAUGGUCCAGUGCCUCCCUUGGGUAAAAAAGGCAGAAAAGAAGGAAAAUGCACAGAGUUCUGCUUGGAGCAGAUGAGGAUAUUGGAUUCCUCUGCCUGGCGGUUCCUCCAGCGCGGUGCUGGGGACGUUUCCUGCGCACGUGGGUUCUGGCCCUGGGUGCUUUGCAGGGCUGCCAUACGGGCUGGGAAGGCUGAUAACUUUAUCGUGCACAGUUCUGUUUUGUGACAGUGAUGAAAUCCCACACACGAGGGGCCCUUCUGAACGGCAGGCGGGGUUGUGUUGUUGGUGAGAUCAACUUUGCAGGGUUUGAAUGGGGAAGGGCUUUUUUUCCCCAUGAGGACAGGCACUGCGCUCUCCGUCCGUGAAAACUCCCAGGUCUCGGUUUGGUGAAGCCCUAAAAACUGCAAAGGUGUUGGAAGGCAAAGGAUUUGCGUCAGACAGAAAAAGGCUUUUUGUCCUUCAUGAACACCCAAACGGCUCAGGCAGGCGUUUUGACCCGGACCUGAGUUGCUCUCAUUUCUCUUCUUGCUCCCUGCCCCAAUGCAGAGGAGGUGGGGAGGUGGAGAGCUCCAGGAAUGCUUCCUCAGAGCAAUGCUGAUGGUGAGCGCGGGCCUCGGUCCUCCAUUAUGGAGGUGUCCCCUCCAUGUCAUUGUUUGCCUGUGCCCACACCCUUCCUUGCGGGAAGUGAUGAAGAGGAAGGGGGGGGCCAAUAUUGCUCCUGCAGUGCCUUGGAGGUGCUGCUUCAGCGUUUCUGACUCAGGGAAGAAAUAUGUGCUCUACGAGGCGGGCUAUGGGAAGGGCACAGCGCGGGUACGGAGCCUCUGCCACGUGUCCCUGCGCCCUGUCCUGGGGCCCCAGUGGUGUGGAAACGGUGGGAGCAGCUCAGCCUUCCUCCCCACCGCCUCUCUUGCUGCUCUGCAUUAUCCCUGCACGGCACCGUGCUGCUUUCUUCCGUUCUGUUGGUUCACGUGCUCAGAAACUGGGGAAGGAAAGCAGGCAUAAUCGGGUCCAGCAGCUGCGGGUUGUCCCAGUGCGAUGCUUCUCCUUUGCACCAAGGGUUUGGGGUGUUUCUAACCCGUUUUUCCUGUGCUUUUAACAGAAGGUUCAUUUGGGAUCUGCUGCAGCAGUGAAGAAGCGGGCAGGCGAGUCAGAUGUCCUGGAACCAGACCUCUACAGCAAGAAGUGUCCUAUGGGCACUUAUUUGGCAAAUGACUCCUUCAAGUGCCUCCCAUGUAAGAAAGAUGAGUACCCCGAGUAUCCUAACGACUUCCCCAAGUGCCUGGGCUGCCGGACGUGUAGGGAAGACCAGGUGGAGGUGAGUCCCUGCAUCCCCACCAGGAACACGCAGUGCGCCUGCAAGAACGGCACCUUCUGCUUACCUGACCACCCCUGUGAGAUGUGCCAGAAGUGCCAAACCCGGUGCCCCAAAGGACAAGUGAGGAUAGCUCCAUGCACGCAGCACAGCGACCUGCAGUGCGGUCCUCCCUUGGACAUCUCCUUCAGCUUCUCCACAGGCAUCAUUACCAUCAUCGUGGUGGUUGUGGUCCUGGUGUUCCUGCUGGUGUUCUCAUGGUGCUGCUGCAGACACUACUGUGCAGGGGGUGGCAGAGGUCUGAGCAGGAAGCCCAGCGCCGUGGUGCAGAACAGACUGUUGCAGAGGAUGGGGAUUCAGGACAACAACUGCAACGAGCAGAUCUUCCUGAACCAGCAGCAGCAGCAGCAGCUGCUCACCGCAGCGCAGGGCUCAGAGGUUCCCCGUGGUGUGGAGAUGGAGGAGGUGGCACCAAGAACUUCAAAUCCCAACGUGGAAACCCAGAAGAAGCUGGUGCCAGUGCCAGGAAAGGACCCUCUAACUGUUUUGUCUUCCUCUUUCAACACCUUUGUCGAGUUUGUGCCCUUCCCUGAAUGGAGGAGAUUCGGCCGAGCCCUCGGUCUGCGGGAAAACAACCUUUAUCAGGCAGAGCAGAACGACAGAGGCUCAGGGGAGCCCUUAUAUCAGAUGCUCAACAUGUGGUUCAACAAAGAAGGCAGCAAAGCCUCCGUGAAUACACUGCUGGAGACCCUGUCCCAGAUGAGCCUCAGCGGCGUGGCAGACCUAAUUGCCUCCAAACUCGUUAGGAAUGGAUAUUUCCAGUACGAAGUGAGCUGAGGAGCGCAGCCAGCCCUGCGCCUCCCCAGCUGGAGCUGAAGAUGCGGAUUCCUCUGAGAACCCUUAUCUUGAUCUUUGUGAUAGUAUUCUCAUGGCUCCUUCCUCCCGGAGCCGUCGCACUGUUCAGCUGAGCCUGGAGGAGUCGAUCCCAGCUGGGUUCUUCUCCGCCACACUCAGCGUUGGUGCUGCCUUAUGGAAGCCACGCGAGUGCCUUGAUUUCAUUUGGCCGACGCAACGAGCCAAAAGGUCUUCCAAGCUGCCUUUGAGAUCAUCUCAUUCACCAGCACUGAUUUGAUACAGACCUCGGUGCAGAACUGCAUCUUUGCUUGGUGCGGGCGCUCACUGAUUCUAACUGGAUCGAUGUUUUUAAUUUUUUAAUUUUUUUAGUGAUACUUCUGCUUGUAGAACAUCUCCGAGCCGACCGUCACGAUUCGUACUGCAUGCGUGGUGGGCGAGCAUCCCUGGGGCUCUUGGGUUACCCCUACGAUCUAUUUAGAGUUGCAUCUGUAGCUAGUUCUGCUUGCCCUUAGCAGUAGACACAAGACUGUAGCAGUGGGGUUGGAACUGGAUGAUCCUCAAGGCCCCUUCCAACCCAAGUCCACGAUUCUAUGACUGCAGGCGACGCGGGCGCCAUUCGUCGGCACUGAGGCGGCUGAAAUAAGGGCAGCUCGGCUCAUUCCCGUUGCCAGGGCCGUGGGGGCCCCCAGCUGGCUGGGUUGCUCCUCCACCUGCGGGGACGACGCACAGCUCAGGGAUGAGGUGCUGCAGGGCGAUGGAGCUGCAGCCCAACCUGGAGCUCCCCCUGCGCGGGCGCAGGUUUGUGGGCAGCCCCCGCUGCGCCCCUUUCCGUCCUCUCCAGCCCUGUGCCAAAUACCAGCAGAACUUUUGUAUUUAUGUAUUUAUUAAUUGCAAACGUGUACAUACGUUAACUUAUAAUAUAAAAAUAGCUGGUUGUUUUUGGUUUUUUUUUUACUAUGCGUGACGGUGUGUUUUUAUACAGAGCUCUGGCCCAGCCAGUUAGUUUUAUCCAGGAUUUUUUUUUACACCUGUCUUUAUGAAGGAAGAAUAAACUUAAAAACAACAA